AGCAAAGCUGCUAAGUAGAUGGAAUUACUUGGAUGUGGAGGCUGAGAUAAUAACAUAAUGGGGAGGUAAGCUACAGACAUGCAGUCAGCUUGCUGCUGGUAACUAAGGGCUGAAUCCUAACUCACUCAAGGAUUAGGCCUACAUUGUUAAAUUGUGAGCCAGGUUUUCCUGAGUAGAGCCUUUUUUUGUUUACAAAAGUACUCUCACUAGGCUAACUCAUUUGUCCCCUUGUGACAAUAUCUCUCUGUUCUCCCAGGCGUCGAUCAGAUGUGGAAAACAAGUUAAUACAAAAACCUGAACAGUUGAGGACCAAAGCUGCUUGGAGUUGGAGUAGGAUCAAAGUCCUAGUUUGGAAUUGUUUGAGCAAAUCUGCACGUACGCGUGUUUGAUAAAUGAAGGAAGGUCGUUGUUUCCAAUUCAAUUGUCUAAUCUUGUCUCUGGCUAGUUGGUGUGCCUUGUUAUGGUGGGUAUACAUUAUUCCAUACAUUUUGUAUAUCUAUCUAUCUAUCUAUCUUAAUAUUGAGUAGCGCCCCCUUUUGCCCUCUGAACAGCCUCUAUCUAUCACACCUUCCUAAUAUUGAGUAGCGCCCCCUUUUGCCCUCUGAACAGCCUCUAUCUAUCACACCUUCCUAAUAUUGAGUAGCGCCCCCUUUUGCCCUCUGAACAGCCUCUAUCUAUCACACCUUCCUAAUAUUGAGUAGCGCCCCCUUUUGCCCUCUGAACAGCCUCUAUCUAUCACACCUUCCUAAUAUUGAGUAGCGCCCCCUUUUGCCCUCUGAACAGCCUCUAUCACACCUUCCUAAUAUUGAGUAGCGCCCCCUUUUGCCCUCUGAACAGCCUCUAUCUAUCACACCUUCCUAAUAUUGAGUAGCGCCCCCUUUUGCCCUCUGAACAGGCUCAAUUUGUCGGGGCUUGACUCUACAAGGUGUCGAAAGCGUUCCACAGGGAUGCUAGCCCAUGUUGACUCCAAUGCUUCCCACAGUUGUCAAGUUGGCUGGAUGUCCUUUGGGUGAUGGACCAUUCUUGAUUCACACGGGAAACUGUUGAGCAUGGAAAAACCCAGCAGCAUUGCAGUUCUUGACACAAACUGGUGUGCUUGACACAUACUACCAUACUCUGUUCAAAGGCACUUAAAUAUUUUGUCUUGUCCAUUCGCCCUCUGAAUGGCAAACAUGCACAAUCCAUGUUUCAAGGCUUAAAAAUCCUUCUUCAACUAGUCUCCUCCCCUUCAUCUACACAGGUUGAAGUGGACUUAACAAGUGACAUCAAUAAGGGAUCAUAGCUUUCAUCUGGAUUCACCUGGUCAGUUUUAUUGAACAAGCAGGUGUUAAUGUUUUGUAUAGACUACAGAUAAGACAUUGGAUUCACCCUUUCAAAUAUGAGUUGAGAGAAAUGAGUAAUGUCACCUAUGAGUAAAAGAUGACUACAGAAGCAGUCUUGAAAGCACAUACAGAAAUCAUUGUCUCCUUGAGGUAGAGCUCAACAAUGUCUGUGAUAAGUGUAGAGUUUUUGUUCAGUUUGACAAACUUAAACUCAAAGUUUUAUGAAUCCCUCAAGCCUCCAGAUGUAUCUGAAGGAAAUGUAAUUGAUAUUUUAUUGUUGGGGGGGUGGAAGGAAACAAGGCAAUACGCUAAGAAAGAUAAAAAUGGCAUGUCUUUUGGGCUGCACUACAUUCUGGGCUAGAUAAAAACAUUGUUUGUGCUGUCCAAAUAACUUGGCGUGUCAGGGUAUAACAAAGAACUGACACAGCCCCCCACCCUAGGCCUGGGACAGACGCAUCACUCAGAAAGGACAUGAGUUCUGCCAAGAACAGAUAUCAAAAACAUGGUGAGACAUCACAGGAGAAACAAUUACCUCAGAAACAGACAGCCCAGACCAGGAUGCAAAGUUUGCAGCCAGACCCUAAGGCUCAGUACAGCAGCGUGUAUGAGGCCCUAAGAAGGAUCGUCCGGACAGAGGGUCUCCUCAGACCGCUGAGGGGCCUCAACAUCACAAUGCUGGGGGCCGGCCCUGCUCACGCCCUCUACUUUGCCUGCUACGAACAUGUCAAGCGCACACUCAGCGAGGUCAUUCAGAAUGGAGGAAACAGCCACAUAGCCAAUGGACUGGCAGGCUGUGUGGCCACUGUGCUGCAUGACGCAGUCAUGAACCCAGCUGAAGUGGUGAAACAGCGGAUGCAGAUGUACAACUCUCCCUACCGGAACCUGUUGGACUGCGUUGGGACUAUACAGCGCACUGAGGGGCUCGCAGCCUUCUACCGCAGCUACAGCACACAGCUGGCCAUGAACAUUCCCUUCCAGGCUGUCCACUUCAUGACAUAUGAGCUGAUGCAGGAGCGGCUCAACCCCCACAGACAGUACCACCCCGGCAGCCACGUGUUGUCUGGGGCUGCGGCAGGGGCCGUAUCUGCAGCCAUAACCACCCCGCUGGACGUGUGUAAGACCCUGCUCAACACACAGGAGAACGUAGCGCUCAGCUCCAUACACAUCAGUGGUCACCUCACAGGGAUGGCCAACGCCUUCAGGACAGUGUAUCGCCUCGGUGGCACGGCUGCCUUCUUCAAAGGGAUCCAGGCCCGGGUCAUAUACCAGAUGCCCUCCACUGCCAUCGCCUGGUCAGUCUAUGAGUUCUUUAAGUAUGUCCUGACCAAGCAGCAGAUGGAGCGAGAGGCUGGGCCAGCUGGCCCAGUCUGAGGAAGGGCUGUGGACACCGCAAUGUGACCACACCUGUACAAGAGGCUCCUGGUUCUCCUGUGGGAUCAAUGCAAAAAGCCUCAUGGUGACAUCGUGUUCAUAAUUUAUAUCUGUGUGUGCUUUUGUAUAAUAACUCAAAAGGGAAGUCACUGCAGUGGAGGAAGUUUGAAAGACUUGCUGUGGUAGACCGUGGCACUCCUUACCCUUCACUUUCCUACCCAGCAAGCCCUUCCAUUGUGCACUGUCAUUCAUUAGAGGAGUGGAGGCUGUUACAGGAACUGCACAGAGAUGUACACAGAGAAAAGGUCAUCUUCAUAUGGCAACAGGCCCUUUUCCCAAAUCACCCGUUCACUAAGCACACAACACUACCAACUUCAUCUAUCACUAUCUGGUGACCGUAUUUUCAUGAUUAUGUUGGGUUACAUUCAUACAGUAUGUUUGUAGAUCUGAUAUGGGAACUUUUUAUUUAUUUGAUUUGCUUACCAUGGCUUGCAUUUGAUGGAUUUGGAAGAUACACAUAGUUGUUUGCUUGUUUUAUUUCCUUGUGUAUUUAUAAAGGACUGUUUUAUUGAACACAUUCCUGAGUUUCGCUGCACAGUAGACACAAUUGCGCUUUCAAAGUGCCUCUUUAGCAUUGACGGCAGCCACAACUUUAAAGUGUUUUGUGUUGUCCAUGUCCUGAAUAGAAAUGGAUUGGAUCAAUCACCAUAAACAUAAUCGUUGUUUGCCAUUGAAAUGUGGAUUAAAUCGUAUGAUCUUUAUAUGUUACCUUUUCAUCAAUCAUAGCAAGAAACCACUCGUUAAAACCAAAUGUACUGAAAUAGGACCAUGUUAUUUUUCCUUGGCCAGAAGGUUGUUCUCAUACAAUGUGCCUAUAAUCUGAGCUAGCCUAAACCUUUCAAGAUGAGCCCCUGUUUUCUAUUCUGUGUUGGAAAUGCAGUUCUGAGGGUUAAAUUUCCUUUUGGCUGAACCACUAAAUGUUGUGCUGGGUUUUUUUUACUUUAGAUAGGUCUUCAUUCUAACCUCUGCGCCAGUCAAAGUCUGCAGUAGUUUAGUAGUUCAGUUUCAGUAGUUUAUUUUGACCACCCAGUGAAGUGAGUAUUGCCUCCCUUUCCUUAGAGGUUACUGGAAUUCCUCUCAAUAAUAAAGGUGUAUAGGCCAUAACGGCCCAAAUAUUAGCCUUGUUUGAGCACAGUAGUAUGCUCUGGACUCUCACCAAUGUGAGUGUUCGAGUGUAUUAUAUAACAAUCUAUGUUGCAGAGAAGAGGCAGUGUUUUCUAUAUUUUAGUGAGUGAUUGUUUCCCAGGAGGCAUUUCAUGAUGCUGGUCCUCAGAUGAACCAAACCUCAGCAUCAAACCUGUAAGAGGCUGGUGGCAUGGACUGCCUCAUCUCUGCAUACAGACACAUCUGGGAUGUUCAUAUUUAGCUUUGGAGUAAAAUAUCAUGCUUGUAAUAAUGUACUUAGUUUAUAUCUCUAAAAUGAUUUUAUGUGUGAUGAGCAGAUUUGACAGAUUCUCAAACUACAACAAAACAAAUAAAACAUUCAAUGUUAGACAGCAGAAUUUGGAAUGAGUACUACUGCAGCCAAUGGCAGUUAAUCGGGCGAAUCCUUUAAGCAUUGGGUACAGUCUGUGACAAUGGGCCCAUUACUAAUGGGUUACCAGAUCAGCUGGUUGGCACGCUCUAUUUAUUAGACUUUUUUUUUUUUGGCCCAUUUUAGUCACUUCCUGUGCUCUCCCUGCUCUCUUCCCAGCCUCUUGGCUCUGAGUUUUCCGCUCAGAAGGCAGACAUUCCUCCACAUAUUGCUGUAAUCCACAGAGCUGCAAGAUUUGUUUGUUUGCUUUUAAUGAAAUGUUGUUGGGUUUGUUCACCAGUGAAGUACAGCUGGUUCUAUGAGAUCUCCAAAGGUCCCAGUCCCUCAAAUAUAGGUUUAUUCCUUGUUAAAGAUCCCAAAGACAUGUAUUGUAUGAUUUCCUAUUUGCAAACCUGUAGUGGUGAACAUACCUGUAACAUGAAGCACUCAUUCUUGUCCUCGUACUUAUUGGCAGUCCUCUCAUUACAAGCAUCAUCUGCAAACAAAAAAAGCUUUAGCUUCUUAUUCUUUGGACCUCUAGUUGAGCUAGUCAUAUAGCUGUCCUGAUGAUGUUUCAAAAGUCACUUUGUGCCUCAACAUUUUCACGAGGUAGAGAUGAGAAUUUCUUCAAAUGUUUCUGUGAAGACUGAAGUGUUUGGUUAAAGGGGACAUUUAGUCUGAACGGAGACGAGCAGGUGAGCAGUGGUCUAAUCUGUUGCAGUAUUCAUAACGGAGAGAAUUUGGCCUACUGCAUGACCAUUUCUCUAUUUAAAUUUGAAGUCCUUUUGAGACCUGUGGGUGUUUUUUUUUAUAGAGUUACACAAAUGUUUCUGCUAAAUAUCACAGCUAUUGUUUAUGUAAAUGAAUAUGCAACACAGUAACACAUUUAGGUUGAUUUAAAGUCAAUCUUGACAACAAUACUGGACAGCUGAAGGUUAAUUCAUUUGAUGUUUCUGGCAUAUUGUGUAUUACUAUUUCUGAAAAAGGGGAACUCCAGACAAAUGUAUGUUACUUACUAUACAAAUGCCAACAUGCCAUUUCUGUUCUAUGCAUUUCAUUCAAUUUUAAUGAAUCUUAUGUUUUCAGAAAUGCUGGUCAUACAGUUGAUGGAAUUAAUUCCAUUAAGAAUCACUCGCCAGAUAUUACAAACAAUACUGCUCCUAUGCAUUAAUGUUGAGUAGAACUGACCUUUUUAAGAAACUUUGAGAUCGAAAUGGAUAGUUACAUGGACUGGAUGAUAAUCAAAUGUUUAAAAUGGUCAUUAGACUAAUCUUGUUCAGGUAUUUAGUCUUGCUUUAGCUUCUGAAUCAUUUUUAAUAAAGUAUCCACAGAACACAGGUCUUGUUUUGCUCAGACACAUUACAUUAGCCCAAGAGAUCUAAGGAAAAAUAAGUCUUAAACCCAUGCUUAUUGUCUAGCUUGUGUAACUUAACUGUGAGAUAAAUUCAAUAUAAUGUACUUUUAAUUAUUAUGUAUGCCCCUUGAAUAAGAGUGAUUGUGUUAAUGGAGAUUUGUUGAAUUUAUAUCUUAUCUAGGGAUGUUCAUCAUGUUACAUCUUUGCUGCUUUUUUGCGCACAAAACACCGGGGGAAACUGGGAAGAUUUAUGACAAGAGUGCCAUCUACAGCACAAGAAUGUUAAAUGACUGUGGUAAUGCUGCUACAGUGUAUAUAACACUGGAGCUGAAAUAAAAAUGCAGGUGAUAAAUUA